AUGAGCCGCGCGCGGGGGGCGCUGUGUCGGGCCUGCCUCGCGCUGGCCGCGGCCCUGGCCGCGCUGCUGCUGCUGCUGCUGCCGCUGCCCCUGCCGCUGCCGCUGCCCCGCGCGCCCGCCCCGGCCCGCCCCCCGGCGCCCACCCCCGGCCCCGGCCCGCGCGCGCCCCCCGCCCGCGCCGCCGCCCCCCGCCUGCGGCCCGACGACGUCUUCAUCGCCGUCAAGACCACGCGGAAGAACCACGGGCCGCGCCUGCGGCUGCUGCUACGCACCUGGAUCUCCCGGGCCCGCCGGCAGACCUUCAUCUUCACGGAUGGGGACGACCCUGACCUGCAGCAGCAGGGAGCAGGCAGCCACGUCAUCAACACCAACUGCUCGGCUGUGCAUACCCGCCAGGCACUGUCCUGCAAGAUGUCGGUGGAGUACGACCAGUUCAUCGAGUCUGGACGCAAGUGGUUCUGCCACGUGGACGACGACAACUACGUGAACCCUGAAGGCCUGCUGCAGCUGCUGUCCACCUUCUCACCCAGCCAGGACGUCUACCUGGGGCGGCCCAGCCUGGACCACCCCAUCGAAGCUACCGAGAGGGUCCAGGGAGGUGGAACCGUGACCACUGUCAAGUUCUGGUUUGCUACAGGUGGGGCCGGGUUCUGCCUGAGCAGAGGCCUUGCCCUCAAGAUGAGCCCAUGGGCCAGCCUGGGAAGCUUCAUGAGCACAGCCGAGCGGGUGCGGCUGCCGGAUGACUGCACGGUGGGCUACAUCGUAGAGGGGCUGCUGGGCGCACGCCUGCGGCACAGCUCGCUGUUCCACUCCCACCUGGAGAACCUGCGCAGGCUGCGGCCCGACUCCGUGCUCCAGCAGGUGACCUUGAGCUAUGGGGGUCCUGAGAACCCACAUAACGUGGUGAACGUGGCCGGAGGCUUCAGCCUGCAGCAGGACCCCACACGGUUUAAGUCCGUGCACUGCCUUCUCUACCCGGACACUGACUGGUGUCCUGUGCAGAAGCAGGUUGACCUUGCCUCUCGGUGACCCUUGACCUCUGAUCCAGAAGGUGCUCUUGGGCAAAGCUUGCCUCCUCCUGGCCUCAGUUGACUCCCUCAGGCGGUCACGGCCAUGGCCACAGCCACGUCCAGGGAGACGUGGGCAGCCAGCAGACAAGGUCAGCCGCAGGCCUGCUGACCCGGCAGUGUGGGAGCAAGAGCGGCGCUGCCCGCCCGCCAGGGCCCAGACUCCAGUGUGGGGGCUCCUCCUGCCAGCCCCGCCCCGCGCACCCCAGAGGCUUGCCCCCACGGGGAAGGUUUCCUAGAGGGUCUGGGGCUGGGAGGGGACUGGCGUCUGGUGCCCAGGGCGCACCCUGCUGGAGAGGGGGCCCCAGGCCGACCAGGCCCUGAGGAGUGGGCUCCAGGCCAGAGUUCUGCAUGGGGUCUUGUCAGAGGCUUUACCUGCAGGCCUCGGGAAAAGCUGCCCUCCCCACGCCUGGCUUUAUGCCCAGUAGGGCAUCUUGGUCUCGGGCAGUGGCCCUCAAGGACGGAGGCCCCCCAGCCAGCCGUGUUCUUCAGCUUCUCCACGUGGCAGCCACCUUGUUGGGGAGGCCCGUGGCCCAGGCCCCUCCCAGGCUCCUCAGCCAGACCCCCUGACUGGGAGGCUUGAAGACCCUUCUCCACACUGACUCGGCCCUCGGUGCAGGUCUUCUGCCCUGGCUCCAAGUCCACGAACAGGAGCCCUCUGUGUGCGGCUCCCCUGGGAGGCAGCCCCUCGCCUGUGCUGACCCAGCUGUGCCUUUCCAGGGCGCAGAGAGGAGCCGGCCCACAGCCCUCCCUGGCCU